UCCAACCGUGGGUCCAAGAACGACCAUCUUCGAUGGCAGCUACGCAGCUCGCCCUGCUGGGCUCCGCGUGUCUACUGGCCGGCAGCCUGGCCCUGCCUCUGCUGCAGCAGGCAGCGGUCAUGAAGGAGCCCCAGUGGAAACAGGCUCAGGACUAUCUCCAGAGAUUUUAUUUUUAUGGCUUAAAAUCAAAGGAUGUCAAUAGUAUAGAAACCAGACUGAAGGAAAUGGAAAAGUUCUUUGGCCUUCCUGUAACUGGGAAGUUAAAUUCCCACAUCAUAGAAAUAAUGCAGAAGCCCAGAUGUGGAGUUCCAGAUGUUGCAGAAUACUCACUAUACUCAGAUAACCCAAAAUGGACUUCCAAGGUGGUCACCUACAGGAUCAUGUCAUAUCCAUUUCCCACUAGAGGCUUAUCGCCUACCAGAGUGGAUCAACUAGUGGCAAAGGCUUUCAGCUUGUGGAGCAAAGAGAUUCCACUGCAUUUCAAGCGACUUCAGUCCGGAACUGCUGAUAUCAUGAUUGGCUUUGCCAGAGGAGCUCACGGGGAUGACAACCCCUUUGAUGGACCAGGGAACACACUGGCUCAUGCCUUUCCACCUGGGCCUGGCCUUGGAGGAGAUGCCCACUUUGACAAAGAUGAACCCUGGAGCGACGGUAGUGGUUCAGGAAUAAGCUUCCUGUAUGCGGUAACUCAUGAACUUGGUCAUUCCUUGGGUCUGGAUCACUCGUCUGAUCCAAAUGCUGUGAUGUAUCCAACCUACGAACAUAAAGAUUCCCAAAAUUUCAAACUUGGACGGGAUGACAUUGAAAGCAUUCAGAAACUAUAUGGGAAGAACAGGAAUUCAAGAAAGAGAUAGAAACUUCAGGGUGAAGAAUUGAGUUCUUGCUAAGUGUUUCCUAGCCAGAAAGAACAACCGUUGCAGCCCUCUACCUGGCACUUUCUCCAUUCUUCCUUGUUGGGUUUUGUGACUUUCUCUAAGGACAAGCUUUAUGGGAUGACUGUGUCUUACACAUAUAUAUGAGUCACCUCAAGCAACCUGCAGUUGGUAGAAGUCAAUCAACAUUGUAUGCACAAGAAAAUAAAAGUUUUAAUUAAAAAAA